CGGUUAGGUGGGCUGGGCCCCUGUUUUCGGUGCCCACCCGUCGUUGGAGUUCAGCACCGGGAGGACUAACCUCAGUUGGUCAUCUGGUCACUACAGUAAAGGGGAAGACGGCUCCGACGUGCACGUGGGUUUCUCUUAAAUUCCAACCUGCAACCCACUCCCACCAGAGAGAAAAACAAAAGUUAUCAAAUCGAUGUCGUUGCUCCGCGACCGGGACGCGUCUGUGAGGAGCAGCUCACCUUCGCUGUUGCCGCCUCGGCCUUAGAAGUACAGCAAUGGAGUGCGGGGUCCCCCCGGUCUACCAGCUCCUGUUCCGCGCCUGCGAAGAAGGAAACUUCGAGAACGCCAGGCGGCUGCUGGAGCCGGCACCGCGAGACGGAGACGACGAAGAGGAUGAGGAGAAGAAGAAGAAAGAGGAGGCGGAGCGCGGCGAUCAGACGACGGGCCCGGACUUCAGGGCUCCGCAGGUGCCCGUCGACUGCACGGACGACGAUGGCAACUCGGCGCUGCAGUUCGCGGCCGGUCACGGCCACGAGCACCUGGUGCGGUUCCUGCUGAUGAAGGGCGCCUCGGUGGACAGUCGCAACCGCUACGGCUGGACGCCGCUUAUGCAGGCGGCGCGCUUCGGGCACCCCGGCGUGGCGCGCGUGCUGCUCGAGAACGGCGCCGACGCCAACGCCGCCAACAAGCUGGGCGCCAGCGUGCUGACGGCGGCGGCGCGCGGCGGCCACGUCGGCCUGGCGCUCGCCCUGCUGGAGAGCGGCGCGUGCCCGGAUGCCGUGGGCGGGGGCGGCCAGCAGCUGGCGGGGGCGGGGCAGGGGCAGGAGCGGGAGCACGCGCCCGUCGCCCCCGCCUUGACGCCUCUGAUGGUGGCCGCCCAACAUGGCGCCGAGCCGCUGGUCAGGGUGCUGCUGGAGUGGGGGGCAUCCCGCCCCGGAGCCGUGCCUGUCGGCCCCGCCGGCGGCUGGAGCGCCCUGAUGCUGGCGGCCCUCAACGGCGAGCUGGCCGUGGUCCAGCAGCUGGUCGGGGGAGGCUCGGACCCCAAUCAGACCAACGUGGGUGGGAUGACCGCCUUCGAGAUCGCCUGCUCCUGCAGGCAGAAGGAGAUCAGAGACUACCUGGAUUCCAAGACCACCACUCGGCCCAAAUCAGAUGAAGAGAAAAGGAGACCAGACAUAUUUCAUGCAUUAAAGCUAGGAAGCUAUCAGUUGGUGAAGGAGAUUCUUGAUGAAGAUGAAUUUCAGGCCAAUGUCACUAAUGCAGAUGGUGCUUCUCCAUUAAUGAUUGCUGCCAUGACAGGUCAACUAGACCUUGUGCAACUCCUGAGUGAGAGGAACUCUGAUAUUGACAAGCAAGAUGGUGUACAUGGAUGGACAGCCUUAAUGCAAGCUACUUAUCACGGGAGUAAAGAUGUUGUGAAGUACUUGUUGAAUCAAGGAGCAGAUGUCAACCUCCGUGCCAAAAAUGGAGUAUCUGCAUUUGAUCUUGUAAUGCUGCUAAAUGAUCCAGAUACAGAACUUGUGCGACUUCUGGCAUCAGUCUGUAUGCAACUAGAUAAAGAGAAGAACAAACAAAAAUCCAAGACAGUGCCUCGCUCAAAAAGUAAAACAUCAUUAAUGAUUCCUGUACCCCCAGAAGACAAAGGGGGAUUAAAGUCUUGGUGGAACAGAAUGUCCAACAGAUUUCGAAAACUGAAGCUAACUAGGACACUCAGACAUGGCUUUUCCACAAAUCGGCUUGCUCCUUUUCUAGAUGAAGCUGAAGUAGGAUUGGAUGCAACAAUGAAAGCUAGUCUGAAGGAUGACUGCAAUCAUUCGGCAGUGAUCAUGUCUACAACUAAUACUGAUCACUCGGUUUGGGCAUCAAAAAGAAAGGAUGGUGAACUUGAUCAAACAAUUGGAGGAAAAGGCGAUGUUCUUCUCACAACUAUGUUGAGAAAUGGUGCACCAUUCACUCGUCUUCCAAGUGACAAGUUGAAAGCAGUUAUUCCUCCAUUUUUGCCUCCGUCCAACUUUGAACUAUGGAGCUGUGACAGGACACGAAUAAACAAAGAGGGCAAAUUGGAUCAUAUUGGGCUAUCUGUACCACGUCGCCUUGCAAAACCCAAUUUCAACGGCAGUGGAAACUCUGACAUUACUUCUGUGAGCAGAAUGGGCAGAUCUGUUAAACUUCCUCCUAUUACAAAUCUUCCGAGGUGCCCAGCUUCUCCACCAAACUCGGGACAUUUCAGUUAUUCUCCACAUUCCUCUGGUGGAUCUAAUGGAGUGGUUGGCAUCAGUAGACAUUGCAUCAGUGAACCACAUAGCCGCUCAGGAGGAAAUUCAGAUAAUGUCUUGUCACAAAUUGCUGCCCAAAGACGAAAAGCAGCAGGCUUGCCUGAACUAAAAACAACCAGGUCUGAGAUUUUGCCUCACCCAACCUCAAUCGAAACUAGCCUUCCUGAACUGCCAGUCUCACCAACUGAGAGUAACUGCAUUAUACAGAAAUGUGGGAAACAGCGUCCAUCAUCUUGUACAUCAUCAAAUUCAAAAAGCACCUCUCCUACUCUGACUCCAUCACCGUCUCCUACCCCUAAAAGUCCACAAGGCGAAUCAUCACUGUCCUCGUCUUCACAUCAGCAGUCUAAGAGCAGUGGUGGGUCCAGCAGUGGAACUCUCACAGAUGAAGAUGAAUUAUCCAGUAUCCUAAAAAGGCUAUCAUUGGAAAAAUAUCAACCUAUAUUUGAAGAACAGGAGGUGGAUAUGGAAGCAUUCCUAACACUAACUGAUGGUGAUUUGAAGGAGUUGGGUGUAAAGACGGAUGGUUCAAGACAACAAAUCUUGGCUGCAAUCUCAGAGUUAAAUGCUGGAAAGGGACGUGAGAGGCAGAUUCUACAGGAAACUAUUCACAACUUCCAUUCUUCUUUUGGAAGUAGUGCAAGCAAUUCUCGUCAACAGAAUAUCUUGCAGUCUGCUCCUGCAUGGGUUAGACCAGUUGUAUCAGAUAAGAGAUGACCUUUAAUUGGAUGGACAUUUGACAAAAGGAUUAUUUUCAGCAAAAGCAUGUAUAUGCUAAUUGUAAAUCUCAGCAUUUUGGUGCAUAUUCACAACUAAUAACUGGUUGCAGAUGAUGUGCAAGCCUUAAAUUGCCACUUGCUCACCAAGGACUUCUGAAAAUAUCCCAGGUGAUAGCCAUCUAGCAAAAGCUGAAAGAUGGAGAUCAACUGUCAUCACAAUUCAUGAAGUUCUGCCUUGUUUGGUUUGUUUAAUUUAAAUAUGUAAAACACUCUGCCAGCUAUCUAUGCAGUACCUUUUCAAAUAUAUAUCCAUUAAUUUUGUACAAAUAUGGUGUAUUAAAUGAUAACAGUAAAUAAGUUAAA